UGCAAAAACCGCAAGUAUUUAAUAUUCAACUGCAUCACGAUAUAGUAGUACUAGCAUUUAUCAAGCACACAGAUAACAAAAAUUGACCAGGAGCUCUGAAAAAUGUGGAAGGGUAGUUUUCUCAAAAUGAAAACUGAUACGGCGGCUAAUUCAGUGCUGAGUUCUGAUUUUAAAGAACUUGGACAAGUGGCUAAGAGACUCGCUGAUGAUGCCAUCAGACUUGGUGGCACUGGUGGAUUUUUUACUACUACUCUUGCAUGGAUCGCUUCUUUUGCAGCUAUUUAUCUGUUGAUCCUGGAUAAAACCAACUGGAGAACCAAGAUUCUAACGGCACUUCUAGUUCCUUACAUCUUCUUGACUCUUCCUUCAAUUAUCUUUGACUUGCUCAGGGGAGAAAUCGGCAAAUGGAUUGCUUUUGUCGCUGUGAUAAUGCGUCUGUUCUUCCCUCAAAACAUCAAGAGUUAUCUAGAAUUGCCAGGCGCGAUGAUCCUUAUCUGUGUAGUGGCACCUAGCCUGGUUUCCGACUACAUAAGGAACAGCUGGAUUGGCGUAGCCAUAUGUCUUGGUAUUGGAUGUUACUUGCUGCAGGAACACAUACGAGCCUCUGGAGGGUUUAGGAAUUCAUUUACAAAGAGCAAUGGGAUUUCAAAUUCAGUCGGGAUUGUUCUUUUGGUGGUGUAUCCAGUCUGGGCUCUGCUAUUUAUAUUAUUUUAGAUGUUAUAUUGCAUCUGCUUGCGAGUCCUUUAAAUCUUCUGUACUUAUGAUCACACAGUUGUGUGCAACUCUGCCUUUAUUUCAGUUGAUCUUUUAGUUUGUCUCCAGUUUUGUGUUGCUGGUGAUUGUCACUGUUAUUUGCUUGAGCGUAAUAAUAAAUUAACAGCUAAAGCUGGUUUCAGUUUGAAAA